GGCCGCCGCUCUGUCCCGCUCCUCCCCGGACUCUAUGGUGCCCCCCCCCCCCGACACGGAAGCGCCUUGGCUGCGCGAGGCCCCGGCGCCCGGGCGCGGGAGGACGGAGUGGAAGCGAAGAUGACUACAGCAGUUGUACCAGGCAGCCCUCUGCCUUCACAAGGGGACAGAAACGUUUAUUACAUCUUGACAGAUGAUUUUGCAUAUGGCAGCAAGUUCUUUCCCGCCGGGAGCAUGUGCUUCCUCAAAGAGAGGACGUAUCUGCACAGUAUCGCCUGUGGCACGACGUCCACUCCCUACAUGAGGGUCACCAUGCUGGAAGGCCAUUCCAUAGUCACUAUCGAGGCAGAAAUUCUUCAACCCGUGAAUGAGGAGGAAGCGGUUUUCCUUCUGGCCAUCAACACCCUCAAUGAGCGCUUGAACUAUUUCCUGGACCGCUGUAGCCUUGAAGCAGCAGUGAAGGCUACAGUGGGCCAACAGGUGAUGGUGGAUCUCAACCAAGAACUGUUCACUGGCACCAUCCGCUACGUUGGGAAGAUCACCAAGAGCCCUUUGUCCUCCUCACUCUGUCCAUCCUACUUUGGGGUGGAAUUACAGGGUGAUGGUGAAGGCAGAGGCCACAGUGAUGGCACCUAUAUCGGCUCUGAAUAUUUCAAGUGUAAGGAGAACUGUGGACUCUUUCUGCCGCUUAACAAAAUCCGGUUUAUCCCGGCGCUGGGCAGCGACCCAGCGAGAGAGGAGCCCAAACCGGAUGUGGACGAGGUUGUUCCUGUAAAAGUGGGGGACACAAUUGGCUUCUACCUGGAUGACGUCUUCAGACAAGGCAUAGCUAUGGACGUGUACAAGGAGGGAACCCAGUGGCUUGUUAAAGUUUGCCCGGAAGAAGAAGGACCAACAGAUGUUUUCAGAGAUAUCCCUAUGGACUCGGUUGUGAAGGAAGGGCUGCUCUCCCCAGUAUUUGAGCCAGACAUGGCCCCGGGAUCUCUGAGACAACUGAAGCGAGAGAGAAGCGGAAGCGGGGAGGAAUUGGAAAGUGAAAAACAGUCCCUGGAUGUGAACUCCAUGGUACAGAUCACCUUAGACAAGGGGAAUCUAGUCUCUGGAAUCAUCCGCUGGUUGGGGUACCUGCCCAGAAUUGAGCCCAAAAUGGCAGGAGUUGAAUUAGAUGAAGAGAAGGGGGUCACAGAUGGCGAAUGGCUAGGCACGCGCUACUUCCACUGCCCCUCAAAGCGUGGCCUCUUUGUGAAGCUUCAGUCAUGCCAGCCCGACAUGCGCUUCCAGUGUGUGAGCAGCGGUCUCCUGGACCCCAGCACUUGCAGUAGGAUAGAUAGUCCUGAGGUUCUGGCUAAUUUUCCUCCUCUCAGAAAUGGCACAGCCGUGAGUGUUUUACAAGGGCGCAUGAGAGGGAUUCAAGGCCACUGCAACUCCUGCUACAUGGAUGCUGCCCUUUUCAGAGUGCAGAUGAAUGGAGUAAAUGUACCUGCGAUGCAUGAAUAUGAUUUUUCCCUCAAUAUAGCAAAGAAAUCAUUCAGCAGUGAAGGAGUUAAGAGAAAUGUGAACUUUUACCAGGCUUCUGUCCUCUCUUUCUCCCCUGUCUUUCUAUGGAAGGUUCUUUCUGUGUUUAUGCUGAUCGUAGAACUUUCAAACUCUGAAACUAACCAAGUGUUUUCAACUCCUAAUCAGGCCAGCGCUAUACCUGGAGUGAGAGAGAAACAGUUCAGUGUGAGGAACACCAGCCCAGAGUUAACAGUGCUUUUUCCUUUCUGGAGGAGGUGGGACAGGGAAGUGUGUUGGCUUGGCCUGAUCUGUGAUUUCCCUCAACUUUCAGACCCCGAGGAGUUUCUCAAUCUCAUCAUGCAUCACAUCCUGGGAAUAGAGCCCCUACUGAAACUGCAGUCUGGAGGCCAGAAGGAGCAGGAGUGUUACUGUUACCAGAUAUUCAUAGACAAGCAAGAGGAGCUGGUCGUGCCAAACGUGCAGCAGCUAGUGGAACAUUCCUUCCUGUCUUCCAAUCUCAAGCUAGUGGAGAUCCCUUCCUGUUUCAUUAUCCAAAUGCCACGGUUCGGGAAGGAAUAUAAAAUGUUCAGCAAAAUCAUUCCCUCCCUGGAGCUUGACAUCACCGACCUGCUGCUCGACAGUCCCCGGGAGUGCUUUGUGUGCGGGGACGUAGCCACACAGGAGUGUUCCGAGUGCUUCAAAGACGAGAUGUUUGCAGUCACGGGGAUGAAGCAGUACUGCAAUUCCUGCUGCAGACAGGCUCAUUCUCACUACCGGCGCAAAGCACACAGGCCAACAAAACUGCAUGUCCCUGAGGAGUUUCAGAGCAGGAGCCUCAUGGACAGCCCCCGAAUCCCACGGGAGAGGAUGGAGCUCUUCGCAGUGCUCUGCAUAGAGACCAGUCACUACGUCUCCUUUGUGAAGUACGGGCCGGAGAAAGAGAACUGGCUGUUCUUCGACAGCAUGGCUGACAGGCACGGUGAUGAGAAUGGCUUCAACAUUCCCAUCGUAACGCUGUGCCCUGAAGUUGCCAAAUAUUUGCAAUUGCCAGUGGCGGCGCUGGCUAUGGAGCAGUCCCGGGACAUGGAAGGCGUGGCCAAACGCCUCUUCUGUGACGCCUACAUGUACAUGUACCAGAGCAAGAAGAUGGCUCUUUACAAAUGACCCCAGCCUGGGCUGGGAGAGACCCCACUGCUCUCGUGCAGAGCCAUGAGACACUGGAAAUGGGGGCUUGGUUCAAACUUGCUGCCUGCAGCUGCUAAUUGAGAAAACCCAGCCAGAGUCCAGGUCAAGUGACCUUUCAGCUUUGCCUCUGCUAACCUCUUCCGAAGUCGAGUGUCAGACUAUUGAUGAGAGCAGUAUUCGGUGGUGGAAAGCCUGUGGCCGGUUUUAGCUGAGUGACAGUUUGGACCUUCUGCAAAUCCAGACUCGGAACCAGUUUACACUUUUACAUAUCCUGAGUAAGAGGACUUCACCUUCAUCCCAUUCCCCUGUCCACACCCCGGAUUUCCAUCAUCCUUUCUUCUCCAGACCCUCUCUACAGCCCUGGGCCCACCAGAACCCCUCUACCUUUCAUUCUCCCAAUUAACUCUUCCCCAAAGCUCAGGAAUCAAGAAGCCCAAGUCAAGGCAUGGGCUGUGACUCUCCGAUUUUCAACAGAGCACAGGAGAACUGCACUAGACCUCUGGGUGACAUCUCAGCUCAUCGGCUUCCUGAAUGUAAACGCAAAAGCGCCUUCUAGAUGGUCAGGAAUCAAACCUCUAGGAAGGGAAUUUUGCUUAGAUCUGCACUAAAUUCUGGGGUAUGUGACUAUGAUCCUGAGGUCCCAGUAAUGGGACCCCUGAACAUCCCCAUUCCCUGGACGCAGACCUGCACUCCCUUAUUUAUAACUCCCUUUUGUUCCUUUACUCCCCCUGUUCAUCACUAAUCUCUGACGCUCUGCUUAACAUCAGUAGCACUUUCUGUUGGAAGUCCCCUCUUUUUAGACAUGACAUUUGGCUCGAGACUUGAAGCUUUGUGUUGCUGUUUCAAGCCGUACUUUGAACAAAAAUAUAAUUUUAAGAACAAAACUGGGGCAGAUACAGGCAAAACCAGCAUAGGACGGUCCUCCCCCAAAGGCUGUGAGAUUGCUCAGAGCGUGUGGCUUUCUAGCUGUAGCUCAUCAUUUUAAAGCUCAUUGUUCUGGUUUCCUGAGGUGCAUGUGGAACAGCGAUAACCAAACAAACCUCCUAGAAAAAAUGCUUUUUAAGAACGAACCUGUUCAGAUUUUCCGCCCGUAACAGGUUUUCCGCCCAUAAGGGUAUGUCUGGGGGGAGUUACUGGCUUUCAACUUUUUUAAAACAGCAAAGUUAACCUUUGCAAAUUUGGUACUGAGCCUGCUGCAAAGUUUCUGUUCUCCUAAUGCUGGUAGGCGGCCCCUAGGAGAGUUAUGGACCAGGUUGCCCAAACGUCACCCAACCAAAGUCUGCUCUACAUGGACAACUUGUCAAGAAGCUGAGGGGUGCCCCGAAUGGGUGUAGAACAGGUAGCUGAUUGCAGCUGUCCUCUUUCAUACACGGGGUGUGGCAGCGGCAACUCACAGCAUGUAACACUGUCUUGAUUUGAGUGACCUGUCUGUGUGGGUCAGGCUGGAACAUUGUGUCAUCUCUAUGGGCUGCUCCUUUCCAGUACAGAUGAGGGAAGUCAUGGUGCAUAGCAUAAUGGGAUGUAUUUGGCCAGUCUCUGGCCACCCUGUUAUUAACCAGUGCAGUAUUAUAACAGCCUGUUGAGUUAAUAUGCCAGUUUGAAACAGUGUUCUGGUUCCAUAGGGCAGGCCCCUUUCAGCUGUUGGGGAAAUUAUCGAUUUGCCAAAAGGCCUGGAGAACUAGCGCAAACGCGGUUAUCUUAGCUGGCUUUCCAAACACACACAGAAACCAGAGAGUUACCUUGACACAAGCCAGGAAGUUCAGAGUGAGGCUGAUGCCCCUUCUCGACUCAAAAGCGUCACCCUUGAUUUUUGAAGUUUUUAUCCUUAGGGGCUGAUCCUGACCCGUGCUGAGCACCUAUAAUUCCCAUCGCCUUGGGGCUUGUGGGUGCUCUGCCCCUCUCAGCAUCGCCUGCUAUUUAAAUCCAUGUUAGAUCCUGUGUAUGCACCGUACCUGGGAGCAAAGCUUUUGCGGUUUCUAAGGUAACAGUAAUAGUGUUAGUUUAGUGUUGUACGGCACAUGGGCUCCAGAAGUACAGGAGGCUUGAAAGCCUCCAGCAGAUCCCGGCCCCAAAUAUCUUCUCCCCUAUAGCUGGCCUCAGCUAACAUAUCAGGUAUGUGUUCUUUAGGUGCCCUGUGCUUCUCUUGCCUCUUAGCUGGUCUUGGCUGAACCUCAACUCACUCCCAGCUCCACCACGGCUAAUUCGGUGCUUCUGUCUGAGGAAGUCAGGAGAGCUUUAGGCCACAGGGCUCCCUCAGCAAUGGGAUUCCUUUAGCCAGCCCACCUCCUCGCUUUUAUCCUUCUUCCUCACUGCAGUUUUGUCUCUGGCAGGAAGAUCAAACUUCCUUAAAGUGUUGGUUGCUGGGUUCUUCCGCUCUCUAAUAUGAACUGUCCUGCUGAUCGUGUCAUGACUAAUGCCCUGUUAACUAUAGAGCAGUAGAAACCUCUUUCUCCGCUCUCUUUCAAAGCCAUGAUUAGUUGUUCAGGCCCAAGUUGGUUUUCUCCCUAUGACGUCUCUUAACAGCUCUGGCCUCUUUUCUCAGGUAUCGCAUGGGCUGGGGUUCUGUAUGUCAAGGAGUCACCCUGUGGUUUCUUAGGGUGCGAAUUAGCUCUUCUGGGAUUUUAUAAUGUAAAUGGUGACUAUCGGAUGAUUUGUACUUCGGAUAUUUAUGUGAUUUGUUUCUCUUUAUAUUUCUAAGCACAAGACACCUUUUUUUAAUUGUCAGAAGUGCCUUCUUGACAUGACAUAGCUUCUGCACAGGGGACAGAGCAAGCCAUGCUUUCUGAAAGAGCUGAUCCAGGGAACACCCCUAAGCUCUGUAGAGUUUCCACUGUCGUCCCCCCCCUCCCCCAUGCAUAUUACAAAAAUACCAAAGCGGCUUUCAGCACUUUUUAAAUGAAUUUCUCUGAUCAGGACAAUAGUUAGUAGGAUGCACAAAUCCAGUUGGAUUUCCCUGCAUUCAUCGUGCAUUAGGAGCAUCCAUCAGUAAGUCUAUGCAGUAUCCUAAAAACUAAAGGUGGAAAGGUUUUAGUGCCAGAACAAGUGCAAGCCAUUCAUUUUCACCUGUGGCUGCUGCAUGAUUUGUGACAUGUCACACUAGCUUGGAAUGCUGGGAAAAUCCAGACUCAGAUUGACCUCACUUGGAGUAACCCAGUCACUGCUCUGACGCUUGAUAAGUCAGACAAGAAUAAUGUGCAUUAGCCUCUCUCAGUGCUCCCUUUGUAGUAUAUUGCUCAGUUGAUGUUUUCUGUACUGUUUAAACCUCUGUAUAGUUUACAGAUUUGUUUCUGUUCUUUGAUUCAUGCAUAAGUCUCUUCCUUUAGUGGUUUCUGUAACUUUGCCUGAAACUGAUUUGGGCAGAAUACGCGGUCUGAUUUUUUUCAGGCAAUGCAAUUAAUUAUACCAGUUCAAUUUGAAUAUGUUUUCAAAUAGAGCCAUUGGCCUGA